AUGUCAGCGGCAUCCGAAGAGCAGAUCCGUCCUGGAUGCUCGAUACACGAUGUACAGUUCAUGUACAUGUCCCCGAAGGAGAUUCAGGACAUAUCUGUUAAGGAAAUCACAGAGGUUGCUGCGUUCGGCAAUCUGGCGGGUGCUCCCUUGCCUGAUGGAUUAUACGAUCCCGCACUGGGACCCCUUCACAUCGGUGAUCUAUGCAAAACGUGCGGAUUAGGGGUUCAUGACUGCCCCGGUCACUUGGGUCACAUUAAACUCGCGACUGAUGUGUACAAUCCGUUCUUGAUACGGACAUUGUAUAACGUGCUCCGUAGAAUGUGCACUUCUUGCAAUCACUUCCGUGUUCGAAAGGCUGUAACUCAGAGAUAUUGUGAUCGGUUCAAGCUCAUCCUUGCCGGUCUCGAACCCGAGUCUCACGAUGUAGUCAUGGAGCCUUGCGAUGAGAAGACAAAGUCGGCGUUGGAGAGGGAUAUGACCUCAGACCCCAAUGCGGACAGUCGAGAGGCCUUCGUUGAGCAUGCUAGUUAUCAGGAUGGCUCAUCAUCUUACGUACCGUACAUUAUGGGCCACGGUGAGGAACAGAACAGGGUCAAAGCCCUGGUCAAGCAGCUGGGCCUCGCCCACAAUGAGGUUAAUGAUAACCUCGAGAAGCUCGUGGGCAAGAAUACUAGUUGGGGAAUAAGUAGCUCAGGCGAGAUACAGGCCUGGAACGAUCUGGUGGCGGAGUUCGAGAACGAGGUAUCGGUUGCGGUAUGCCCCAACUGCAAGGCUAAGUCGGAGCUCUUCCGUGUUGAUGGAUACAACAAGAUCUUCCGGAAACUUCGAGGGAAGGCCGCAGAGAAGUUUGUCACUCCCACCUACGUGCGCAACCUCCUUCACAAGCUCUGGUGUGAGGAGAGGGAGAUUUUGGAGUUCCUAUUCCCAGCCUCUGUGGGUCGUGGUGAAGACAUUUUCUUCAUGCAGAAUAUAGUGGUCCCUCCAAACAAGCUGAGACCUCUACGUUUUGGUGGUGAUAGUGAUGAUAACCAAGGAUUCCUACCGGCUUCAACGGUUUGUCUGAAGAAUAUACUUGAAUCUAAUCUACUACUCAAGCAGCUACUCGAGACUGACCAGGAGGCUGUAGAGAACCCUAAUGACAGGGAAAAGGCUGGCGAUGCCUUGCCGAACCUUAUUUCGGAUGAGGAUGAGACUAUGAAGCCUGUUGACAACACUCCACAGAGAGGGCCUAUGACUACUCUUGGAACAGCACUCAUUGACUUGCAGAAUAACGUAAAUAACUAUCUAGAUUCUGCUAAGAGCGGCAAGGCCCAGAACAAGGUCGUGGCAUUUGGUGUACGACAGCUUCUUGAGAGGAAGCAGGGCCUAUUCAGAAUGAAGAUGAUGGGCAAGCGUGUUAACUACGCUGCUCGUAGUGUUAUCAGUCCGGAUGUCUCUCUGGAGACUAACCAGAUUGGUCUCCCCAUGUUCGCGGCUCUACAGCUGACGGUGCCCGAGCCGGUUAACUCCUUUAACGUAGACUACCUGCGGGCGUUGGUGGAGAAUGGUCCCGAUAAGUACCCAGGCGCAGCUGCUGUAGUGUUCCCGGAUGGCAAGCUGGUGUCACUGAAGGGUCGACAACCCCAUCAAAGGAAGGCCAUUGCUAGGAGUCUAUAUCAGAGUACCAACCCAGAUAAGAAGCCUAGAGUGGUGCUCAGGCAUGUUAGGGAUGGUGAUCCUCUGCUGGUGAAUCGUCAGCCUACCUUGCAUAAGCCAGGCAUUAUGGCUUUGUUCGUGAAGGUGCUCAGCAAGGAGAAGACUAUCCGAAUGCAUUACUCCAACUGUAACACAUUCAAUGCUGACUUCGAUGGUGAUGAGAUCAACUUGCAUUGUCCUCAAGACUCUAAUGCCAGAGCUGAGGCCAUCUAUAUAGCCUCUGCCGAUCACCAGUAUCUGGGGCCUACUUCUGGCAAGCCCCUUCGUGGUCUUAUCCAGGAUCAUGUUGUCUCUGGUGUAUUCCUUACUGCAAGGGAUCACUUCAUGAGGAAGACUGAAGUUCAGAACCUCAUCUACACUGCCAUGCGAGCCGCUAUAGAAGGCGAUACCUCGGGUAUUGGUAGUGUUAAAUCUAGAGGUCAGGUGACCAAGCUUACAACACCUGCUGGGGUGCCCAAGGACUUCAGAAUUGUCAUGGAGCCUCCAGUCAUCGUGAAGCCACAGACAUUGUGGACAGGAAAGCAGGUCAUCACCAUCUUCCUCAAGAGUCUUAUCAAGUUCGCUACUCAUAGUACGGAUAAAGCCAUCGUCAAUGGUUUCAAUCAUCAUGCUAAGGCCAAGACCCCUGGCGAUCUUUGGGGUGGUGUCAGUGAUGGUAACAAGGAGGAGCAGAUGGUCACUAUUAGAGAUACUGAGCUCAUAGAGGGUGUCCUGGAUAAGGCAUCCUUUGGUGCUACUGCCAAUGGUCUUACACAUCUCUUCUAUGAGCUAUGUGGCCCUAAGGCUGCUGGGCUACUACUCACUGGUAUGGGUAGGAUGCUCACCCUCUACCUCCAGUACCAUGGCUUCACUUGUGCUAUGAGAGAUCUUCUAAUCACUCCUGAGGGUGACGAGGCAAGGUUGCAGAUGUUGAGGAAGGCUAGGGAAGACUCCUGGAAUAAGAUCAGAGACUGGGUGAAGGAGAACAGUCCAGAGGAGGCUAAUGUCAAGACUCUACAUAAACUCCAGAAGGAGAUAGGCAAAUUGUAUGCUGCAGACCCCAAGGUUCAACAUCCCAUGUUCGAGGAGCUAGAGGAGACAAUGCUGUCUACCAAUAGGGAUUACUGGGGGAAACUUAUCGACAUCCUAUUCCCUAAGGGCCAGGUGUCUCCAUUCCCGGAUAACUGCUUCUCGGCUAUGGUCAGCACAGGUGCUAAGGGUUCGAAGGUGAAUCACUCAAUGAUUGACGCCAUGUUGGGCCAGCAGGAACUGGAGGGACAUCGUGCUCCUCGUAUGAGGAAUCAGCGAUUCCUUCCCAGUUUUGCCCAGUAUGAUAUCGGCCCGAGAGCUGGUGGUUACAUUACCGACAGAUUCCUGACUGGAUAUCGACCACAAGAGUUCUUCUACCAUUGUAUGGCUGGUAGAGAGGGCCUUGUUGAUACUGCUGUGAAGACAGCAAGAUCUGGAUACUUACAAAGAUGUUUGGUGAAGAACUUGGAGGGUAUUACUAUCAACUAUGACUACACUGUUCGGGAUACUGACUCAUCGAUCGUCGAGUUCCUCUAUGGUGAGGACGGUAUGGAUGUGACCAAGGUCAGCCAUUUGGAACAAUUCGAUGUGUUGGAUGAGAACUCUGCCUUCAUGGCCAAGAGUGCUGCUGUCGCUAAGGAGGAGGCUAAGAUGGAGAGCAACUUGCCGGCCCUUUAUAGGAAGUGGGCGGAGAAGCCUCAGAGUGGUCGGAGGACCAAAGAACUCGUGAAGGAGGUGAGGGAAUCUAUACGUGUAUUGUUGUCCGAUGGUGGCAAUCAGGUUGAUGCUAGCGAUAAGCUGCGAGACGAGGAGAAGGAGCAUAUCGCGUUUGUUGUGAAGGAUACUCAUACGAACGGAGGCAAGGCUCCUCCUAUGAACAGCAUGCUACCCCCAUGGAGGUUCACUGGUGCUAUGUCCGAGCGUGAGGAGAAUGCAUUGACGGAGUAUCUCUCCCAUAGACCAGAGGAGUUGGAGAAGAAGAUGCCCACUGAAGAGUUCCGUGAUGUUAUCAUGCAUAAAUACGCUAGGACUCUAGCGGAUCCUGGUGAAGCUGUUGGUACCUUGGCCGCUCAGGGUAUGGGAGAGCCCUCUACCCAGAUGACCCUGAAUACCUUCCAUCUUGCUGGUCAUGGUGGUGUUAACGUCACAUUGGGUAUCCCUCGACUGAGGGAGAUUGUGCAGACCGCAUCUCGACACCUGGAAACCCCUGCUAUGGAAUUCCCUGUCCUUGGGGGCCUCAAGGUUGCCGAGGAGCUCAAGGGUAAGAUGACACGAGUGUCUCUGAAGGACGUUGUAGUGGCGACCCACGUGUUGGAGUCGGUAACUGCCGCCCAGCCUAGUGGGGAGACUAUGCGAACCUACGAGCUUGUGGUUGAACUGGUUGACCCCGUUAUGAUCCAGAAAGCAUAUCCUAGCUUGUCACAGACAGCCAUUGCUCACUUCCUGGACCAUGACUUCCGAGAUAAGCUCAACUCAAAUCUUAAGAAGUUCAUCAAGAUAUCUGAGAGCACCUCUACGAUCACAUCACGUAAGGCCCAGCAAGAGGAGGGAGCAGCUGAUGUGUUCAAUGAGAUUCCCGAGGAUGAGAAUAAUGCUGAGCAGAAGGAUCAAGGCGAUGAAAGCCAGAACGUCACUCGUACACUAGCCCAGCGUGCCCGAGCUACCGAUGAGGAGAGGGAGGCCGAGCUUGAUAGGAUGGAGGCUGCUAGCGAUGCCGAUGAUGCUGAUGAAGGACAGUAUGAUGAUCUUGUUGAUGACGCAGCAGCAGCAGGCGAUGAUGAUAAGAAGGAUGAUGAUGAGGCCGAGGAGGACAACGAGACCCCCGCAGCUGAGGAAGGCACUCAAGGACCUGCUCUCGGAGGGCAGACUACUGCCGAGGAGUAUCAGGUCUCCAAGACUAAGAACUCUACUGAAGUCAUCUUCAACAAGUCUGGACGUCUAUACGGCCCGAAGUUUGUUCUCCGUUCCCGACCACUUGAGCUCUCCCAGGGCAUCUCUCGGAAGAUUCUCAUCCUGGAGGCUGUCGCAGAUCUUUGCUCUGAUCUAUACAUCCAGCAGACCCCUGGCAUCACCAGCGUCCAUGUGGUGGAGCCCCGUCCUGGUCAGUCUGAUAAGGUCACGAUUGAGACUGAAGGUGUUAACCUCGAUAUUGCAUGGGGCCUUGAUGGCAUCGACCAUGACCGCAUAGUCACCAAUGAUAUUGGUCUUAUCUUGGAUCGGUACGGUGUAGAGGCAGCACGUGCGGCUAUAGUUCAAGAGGUGCUCCGAGUGUUCGGUCACUAUGGUAUCGGUGUCGACCCCAGGCAUUUGAUGCUCAUCUCUGACUACAUGACUCAUCAUGGAGGGUUCCGUCCCUUCAGCCGUAGAGGUAUGGAGGCUCACGCAUCCCCAUGGCUGCAGAUGACAUUCGAAACUAGUGUUAACUUCCUAACUAAGGCCUGUAACAAUGCACAGUAUGAUACCUUAAAGAGUCCAGCUGGGUCCAUCAUCGUCGGCAAGCAGGCCAGUGUUGGUACUGGAUGCUUCGAUCUACGUAUGGAGAUGCCCAAGAGUGUACGGGGACUUGCUAAGGAUGAGCUGGCUACUCAGGUCAAGAAGCCGAAGAAGGAAUUCGUCUUCGCGUGAUUUAUAUAGGAGGUCGACCACUGGUGUUGUGAAGGUCGUUAACGUAUUUACCAAGAGAGCUCCGAUUGUGCUCUCUACU